UGAAUGCAUGGAAGAUGAACGAAGAUCGCUAUUAUAAGCGAAGAAACACUCUGCUUGCUUGCACUGAAAACGACUUUAUAGGCCGACCGACGUAUCUGAAAAUCAAAGUUCCCAAACGGCCCGGCCGGCCGGCCAAACACUCCAAAGCAAAGCCUUUAACAACAGUCCAAAACAUAACAUUAGUCGACAGGAACAUGGAGUAAUACAAACACGUGCAAACAAUACGAGAAAGAAACAAAAGGAAACCGAACGAAAAAACUAUUAACAUGUUGACAUAAAAUAAUGCCAUCCGUACGCUCCCCAGAUCGAGCACUGAGGACAACAUCAAUCAGCAAUGGCAGUUCCCUAUGUUUCUUUCUUUGACAACCCAAUCAAGUUCUCUCAAAGACCCGUAAAAUCCAAUCACUCAACAUCCCCAUAAACCUCGAAUUAGACAGAUGCAUUCGAUUGGGUCGUUCCAUUUUUCUCUCCUGGCCCACCCGAAUUCUCUGUUAAAGUCUCCACCUUUGCAAUAUGCAAGACGACCCAUUUGCAAGCUGAUUGGAACGAACGCAAUGGCGGCAACAAGACCUAGUACAGCAGCGGCAGCAGCAACUACUUUUGGGUUUAGGGACUUGAUGGAAACUUUGACAGUUGAUGUAGAGAGAGCAGAGAAUAGGCCACUAAAUGUGCCUUUGAUUGCACCUUUUACAAUAGCUUCUUCAAGGCUUGAUAAAGUAGAGAAUGUGGCUAUUAGGAUUGAAUUGAGUAAUGGAUGUGCGGGUUGGGGAGAAACACCAAUAUUGCCAUUUGUGACUGCUGAGGAUCAGCCUACUGCUAUGGUGAAGGCUAGGGAGGCUUGUGAAUUGCUGAAAAGUAGUCCACCUAUGACUUUAGGAUCACUUUUGGAGAAGAUUGGGGCGAUUCUUCCUGGGCAUCAGUUUGCUUCUGUUAGGGCCGGAGUUGAGAUGGCGUUGAUUGAUGCAGUGGCUAAUAGCAUUGGUAUACCACUAUGGAGACUAUUUGGUGGAGUAUCAGAUAGCAUAACUACUGAUAUAACAAUUCCGAUUGUAUCACCAACUGAAGCUGCUGAAUUAGCUUCAAAGUAUCGCAAACAAGGAUUUAAAACUUUGAAGCUCAAGGUGGGAAAGAAUCUCAAGGCAGAUAUUGAAGUUCUUCAGGCCAUACGUGCAGUCUAUCCUGAUUGUCUUUUUAUUUUGGAUGCUAAUGAAGGAUACAAGCCCAAGGAAGCUAUUGAAGUUCUUGAAAAGCUGCAUGAAAUGCAGGUUACUCCUAUUCUCUUUGAACAGCCAGUUCAUAGAGAUGAUUGGGAAGGCCUUGGUCAUGUCACUAGUAUUGCAAAAGGCAAAUAUGGGGUGUCGGUUGCAGCUGAUGAGAGCUGUCGGGGCUUGAUUGAUGUGAAGAAAAUAGUAGAAGGUAAUCUUGCAGAUGUCAUUAACAUCAAGCUCGCCAAAGUUGGGGUUGUUGAGGCACUUGAGAUUAUUGAGUUGGCUAGGGCAUCAAGAUUGGAUUUAAUGAUUGGUGGUAUGGUUGAGACUAGGCUGGCCAUGGGCUUUGCAGGACACCUUGCUGCUGGCCUUGGGUGUUUCAAGUUUGUUGACCUGGAUACUCCCCUGUUGCUGGCAGAAGAUCCUGUUCAUGGGGGUUAUGAAGUAUCGGGUGCUGUUUACAAAUUUACAAAUGCUAGAGGACAUGCUGGUUUUCUUCAUUGGGACAAUAUUAUCUGAUCAAUCUGACAUUUCCGUUGCUUGCCAUGCUUAUGAAGUUCUGAGUUGUCUAAGCGGUUAUCAGACUUGGUGCUUGUGAAACAAUACCUGUUGGUGAUAAGAUUGGCCGGCCGUCAAUUUUUCAAAAGGCUUGCUAACAAAAUGAAGAAAUCGGCAGAAGGGGUCUUUUCAAGCGCAAGAAUUUGCUGGCAAGAUGAGUAAACUAGUUAGCCUAGCAAUUCUCUUUUAGCAUAUUUCUUUGUCCCCUGGGUGCAGGGGGUUGCCUGGAUGUUUAAACUCUGUAAUUAUUUGCCACUUUGGUUUUUCAGGGCGGCAAAAUAAAUCCGAACGGUGCAUUUCUUUAUGCUAUUUGUAUCCAACUCAUUUUCUUAAUAAUUCUUUUCCAGGUUUAGCUCCCA